AUGACAGCUAGCUCAUUUCAAAUCAAAGUUCCGGCAUCUUCUGCAAACAUAGGACCAGGAUUUGAUGUACUUGGUAUUGGUUUACAGUUGUACCUCACUAUUAAGGUGACGAUUGACCCUUCAGUCGACACUUCAUCUGAUCCACAUAAUGCCAUCAUCACAUACGAAGGUAACUUGGCGGAAAAAGUGCCGUUGCAAUCAAACAAAAACUUGAUUACUCAAACUGCGUUGUUUCUACUUCGAUGUAAUGGGGUGGACAAGUUCCCACUCGGAACCCACAUUCAUGUAGCUAAUCCUAUACCUUUGGGACGAGGUCUUGGCUCCAGUGCUAGUGCCAUUGUUGGAGGCGUUUAUUUGGGAAAUAUCAUUGGGGAUUUUAAAUUUGACAAGAUUAGAAUGUUGGACUAUUGUUUAAUGAUUGAAAGGCACCCUGACAACAUUGCUGCUGCCAUGUUGGGAGGAUUUAUUGGAUCAUAUUUGAAUGAACUAAAUGCAGUCGAGACUGAACAAACUACGGUGCCUCUAGACUAUAUCUUGCCCACGCUGCAAACUUCACCUGACGCAAUUGUAUCACAGCCACCACCUCAAAACAUUGGAGAAUACUUGCAAUACAAUUGGAAUAAGAAAAUCAAGUGUGUCUGUAUUGUGCCCAAUUUCGAAGUCAGCACAGACAAGUCUCGUGCCGUUCUUCCGCAAUCAUACACUAGACCAGACAUUGUUUACAACCUACAAAGAAUAGCCAUCUUGACAACAGCAUUGACUCAAGAUCCACCAAAUCAUAAAUUGAUUUACCAAUCAAUGAAGGACAAAAUUCACCAACCGUAUAGGACAGUUUUGAUACCCGGGUUGGACCAAGUAUUAGAGGAAGUUGUUCCUGCCAAGCAUUCAGGAUUGUGUGGCAUAUGUCUCAGUGGAGCUGGUCCUACUAUUUUGUGUUUAGCAACUGAGGGAUUUGAAGAAAUUGCUAAAGAUGUCAUUGACAUUUUCAGCAAAGAGGGCAUUCACUGUGAUUGGAAACUACUCGACUUGGCUUAUGACGGGGCAACUGUAGAGCAUUUGUAA